UCCUUUUCCCAUUGUCUUCUCUUUCUUCAACCUAUUUUUUGAUUAAAAAAAAGAAAAAGAAAAACAACCGAGCUUUCUUCUUCUUCUUCCUCUGCUCUCAGAGAUUCUCCCAUCGUCGAGUUCGGAACCGGCGGUCCCCCUGCUCACGUUUUGGUUAUUGAGCAUUUAACAGAAGGGUAAGAAGGAAACGUUGAUUGCGGUUUGCUCUAUUUCAUGUCCUCGAGAUGCCGAGUCCUGAGCCCGACCCCUUGGAAUGGGACUCGGAGCCAUUCGUGGAGGUGGACCCCAGCAGUCGGUACGGGCGCUAUCCUGAGCUGCUUGGCUGUGGUGCAGUGAAGAAAGUCUACCGGGCCUUUGAUCAAGAAGAGGGCAUCGAGGUUGCAUGGAACCAGGUCAAGCUGAGGGACUUGAAUGGGGACCAAGCAAUGAUCGACCGCCUCUACUCCGAGGUCCGCCUCCUGAGAUCUUUGAAGGACAAGAACAUCAUUGCCCUCUACCAUGUCUGGAGGGACGAGGAAAAGAACGUGGUCAACUUCAUCACCGAGGCUUGCACUUCAGGAAACCUGAGGGAGUACAGGAAGAAGCACAGGCAGGUCUCGAUGAAGGCCCUGAAGAAGUGGUCAAAACAGAUCCUCAAGGGUCUAAAUUACUUGCACACUCACGAGCCGUGUAUCAUCCACCGAGACCUCAACUGCAGCAAUGUCUUUGUCAAUGGGAAUGUUGGUCAGGUAAAGAUCGGCGAUCUGGGGCUAGCAGCGAUAGUGGGUAAGAGCCGUGCAGCCCACUCCAUUAUCGGGACUCCGGAGUUCAUGGCCCCUGAGCUCUAUGAGGAGGACUACACGGAGCUUGUGGACAUUUACUCAUUUGGGAUGUGCGUCCUCGAGAUGGUCACUCUGGAGAUCCCCUACAGCGAGUGCGAUAGCAUAGUCAAGAUCUACAAGAAGGUGACAUCCGGUAUCAGGCCCCAGGCCCUUGGGAAAGUCAGGGACGCAGAAGUGAGAGCCUUCAUUGAGAAGUGCUUGGCUCAGCCCAGUGCUCGGCCCUCCGCCUGGGAGCUCUUGCAGGACCCCUUCUUUGAUGGGAUCCGCGAUGACGAAGACGACGAUGAUGAUGAAAACAAUUCAUGAUUCCCCCCCCCCCCCCCCCCCCCCCCCCCCUCCCUUUUGCUAGUUAAUUCACAUGACAAUGUAGAUAGCUCUAGCCAAGGCACCCAUUGAGUGUCUUCUCUCUCUCCUUGAGAUUAUUUUAGAUGUUCAGUUUCGUAAACUUUGAGAUUCAUUUAUGGCUUGCAAGUCUGGUUAUGAAGAGAAAUGGCUUGUUUGAAUCCAA